CGAGUCGUCGGCUCAACGUCGAGAAGAACUGAAGCUCAACGUCGAAAAGAAGACGGAACCGACCCGAAGAACGUGAGCAGAGACGAUCUGUUGGAGGAACCGUUCUGUGAGAGACGUUCUGUGAGAGACGUUCUGUUAGAGGAACCCUGUGUUAGUGUGCCGGACCAUGAGAGGGAACCCGAGCCCCCCUGAGCUUCCUCACCAGUCGGCCUUGUACCGCUGGAACCUCUACAGGAGAACCGGGCUCAGGUCCGCCCCCCCUCCGGUUCCCCAGCAGCCGUUGGACCGCUACCAGUGGAAAACAUCUGCUCAUCUGGAACCAGCCCUCCCGAGGAUCUCCCCACACCACGAGAACCAGAACCAGGACCAGGACCAGAACCAGGACCAGGGCAGACGCAGAACCUUCCUGAGGUCCGUAUCUGAGCCCGGUGCAGACAGGAAGUCGCAGAGGAGAACCGUCAGCAGCUUCCUGUCCAGGAUCAGCAGAACCCACCGAUCCCGAGAGUCCGAUGUUAAAGGUCCUCCGGCUCACCGGUUCUCCUGCGGUCAGAGUCCCUACAGCGACACAGUUUCCUGGGAGAGGAAGUUCUGCAUCCUGACGGACAGCCAGCUCAUCCUGCUGCCCAGAGACCACCAGGCUGCAGCUGAGGCUCAGGAGAGUCCCACCAACUCCUCCAAGGGUCGAAGUCUCCGCAGGACUGUCAGCGUUCCCUCGGAGGGGCCAUUCCCCGAGUUCCCAGCAGAGGGCGCCGCCGCCAUGCUCGAAGUGUGUUCGGAGCGUUCUCCCAGGAGGAGGAGUAUCUCUGGAUCCGGGGAGCAGAGCGCUGAGAGCCCAAACUCCUCUCCCUUCAGAGUGCCGGGUUUCUUCAGUAAACGACUGAAAGGCUCCAUCAAGAGGACGAAGAGUCAGACCAAACUGGACCGGAACACCAGCUUCAGACUGCCAUCGCUACGGCAACCAGAACCAGACAGGUGAUAACUGUCGCCGGGCGGACAACAUGCUGCGUCUGUGGAUCAUCGAGGCUAAAGACCUUCCUCCGAAGAAGAAGUAUUUCUGCGAGCUGUGUCUGGACGACGUUCUCUACGCUCGCACCACCAGCAAGCCCCGCAACGAGAGCCUCUUCUGGGGCGAACACUUCGACUUCAGCGGCCUCCCGGCUCUCCACAGCAUCACCGUGCACGUGUACCGAGACCAUGACAAGAAGAAGAAGAAGAAGAACAACUACGUGGGUCUGGUGAACAUCCCGGUGUCCGGCGUGACGGGGCGUCAGUUCGUGGAGCGCUGGUACCCCGUCAGCACCCCCACCCCCGUCAGCAAGGCCAGGGGUGGGGGGGGGCCGUCCAUCCGGAUCAAGUCCCGCUACCAGAGCGUCAGCAUCCUCCCCAUGGAGCAGUACAAGGAGUUCGCUGAGUUCAUCACCAACAACUACUCCAUGCUGUGCUCCGUGCUGGAGCCGGUGAUCAGCGUCAGGAACAAGGAGGAGAUGAGCAGCGCGCUGGUGCACAUCCUGCAGAGCACCGGGAGGGCCAAGGACUUCCUCACUGACCUGGUGAUGGCGGAGGUGGACCGCUGUGCAGACGUUCUGAUCUUCAGGGAGAACACGCUCGCCACCAAGUCCAUCGAGGAGUUCCUGAAGCUGGCGGGACAGAAGUACCUCCACGACGCGCUCGGGGAGUUCAUCAGGGCUCUCUAUGAGUCAGACGAGGUGUGUGAGGUGGAUCCGAGUCGCUGCAGCAGCUCUGAACUCGCUGAACAUCAGAGCAACCUGAAGAUGUGCUGCGAGCUGGCCUUCUGCAAGAUCAUCAACUCAUACUGUGUGUUCCCUCGGGAGCUGAAGGAGGUGUUCUCUUCGUGGCGGCAGCAGUGUGAGGCGCGCGGCCACCAGCAGGACAUCAGCCAGCGUCUGAUCAGCGCCUCGCUCUUCCUCCGCUUCCUGUGUCCCGCCAUCAUGUCUCCCUCUCUGUUCGGCCUGAUGCAGGAGUACCCCGACGACCGCACCUCGCGCACCCUCACCCUCAUCGCUAAGGUCAUCCAGAACCUCGCCAACUUCACCAAGUUUGGAAACAAGGAGGAGUACAUGGCCUUCAUGAACGACUUCCUGGAGCACGAGUGGGCGGGGAUGAUACGUUUCCUGUCGGAGAUCUCUAACCCCGAGACGCUGUCCAACACGCCGGGGUUCGAGGGGUACAUCGACCUCGGAAGAGAGCUGUCGGUGCUGCACGGGCUGCUGUGGGAGGUGGUGUCCCAGCUGGACAAGGCCACCGUAGCGAAGCUGGGCCCGCUGCCGAGGAUUCUGGGAGAUAUUUCCCGCUGCCUGGCCUCUCCUGUGCCUCAGCAGCCGAUCAGACGCUUCCAGGACCAGAACUCAGGCAACCUGAGCGGCAGCCUCUCCUCCGGCCUGCAGCGCAUCUUUGAGGACCCCAACGACAGUCGAAGGGACCCCCCCCCCCUGCAGCUUACUGUCUCUGAUCUGAUGGAGGGUCGCCCCCCCCCAAGCAGCAGUUUCUCAGACCCAGAGGAUGGAGAUCUUCUUCUGUUGCCGGGCGGACGCAGCAUCUCCCUGGUGGACCUGCAGGACCUGGACCCCCCCCCAAACCGCCUCAGCAGGGGGGGGGGCUCGCAGGCCUCCAUAGGACACGCCCCCCUCCUCGCUCACCCCCCGAUCAAAGCCCCGCCCAGAGAGGCUCAGCCGCAGAGCGCGCCGCAGGCCAGGAGGCCGUUUCACCCGUCAAUCAACCAUCAUCAUCCGCGCAGCCUGCAGCCAAUCAGCUUCCAGAACCCUGUGUACCACCUCAGUAACCCGGGCAACCAGGGGAACCUGAGUAGCCCCGCCCACAGUCUGAGUAGCCCCGCCCACAUUCUGGUUAGCCCCGCCCACAGUGUUUGUAAUCCUGCCCACAACACAAGUAGCCCUGCCCACAAUACAAGUAACGCCGCCCACAUUCUGGGUAACCCUAUUAACCCCGCCCACAACAUGAGUAGCCCCGCCCACAACACAAGUAACGCCGCCCACAUUCUGGGUAACCCUAUUAACCCCGCCCACGUUCUUUGUAACCCUGCCCACAACAUGAGUAGCCCUGCCCACAACACAAGUAACCUCGCCCAUAUUCUGGGUAACCCUAUUAAUCCCGCCCACAGUCUGAAUAGUCCCGCCCACAAUAUGAGUAAUCAGAGUAACCCCGCCCACAACAUGAGUAGCCCCGCCCACAAUAUGAGUAAUCAGAGUAACCCCGCCCACGUUCUUUGUAACCCUGCCCACAACAUGAGUAGCCCCGCCCACAAUAUGAGUAACCAGAGUAACCCCGCCCAUAUUCUGGGUAACCCUAUUAACCCUGUCCAUAUUCUGAGUGGCCCCGCCCACAGCCUGUCCUCUCGCUCCGCCCACUCUCAGCUCCAGGACUCCAGCUCAGAGAACCUCAGCACGGAGAGUUCUCACAACAGCCGCACCUCGGACGACCUGGGCAGCCAGGCGGGGGUCAAAGGUCGAGCCCCCUCGAACUGCAGCAGCCUGGACGAAUCGGGGUCGAGGGGCGGGGGUUCAACGCCGAGAAGACACGCCCCUCCUCAGCCCUCUGACCUCCCAUUGGCCGUCGCUAUCCCCCGUCAGAGCACCACAGCUGGCACCGCCCAUAUUGUGAAGGUGGAGCAGAGCAGAGGAGGGGGCGGAGCCAGGACGCCACGCUCGCUCCCACACAGCCAACCACUACGCAGCAGCCCCAACACAGAGCCAACCCCCACGACAGGACACGCCCCCCAGAUAGGACACGCCCCCACGACAGGACACGCCCCCCAGAUAGGACACGCCCCCACAACAGGACACGUCCCCACGCCAGGACUCGCCCCCACGACAGGACACGCCCCCCGGGAACCGGUGACCGUAGCUCCGCCCCCGAGGAGCGCCGCCAAGCAGCCGCAACAAGAGGCGUCUCCGGUGGAGGUGAUGUCUCCGGUGGAGCGGACGGCUGCCUGGGUGCUGAACAACGGACAAUAUGAAGAAGAAGAGGAGGAAGAGGAGGGGAAGAAGAGCAAGGAGGAGGGCAAGAACACCGAGAAGUACGAGCAGGAGAUCUCUCGUCUGAAGGAGCGUCUGCGGGGCUCGGGGCGCCGCCUGGAGGAGUACGAGCGCCGGCUGCUGGCUCAGGAGCAGCAGAUGCAGAAGCUCCUGCAGGACUACAAGCAGCGCCUGGAGGACAGCGAGGAGAAGCUGAAGAGGCAGCAGGAGGAGAAGGACAGCCAGAUGAAGAGCAUCAUCUGCAGACUGAUGGCGGUGGAGGAGGAGUUGAAGCGGGACCAUGCAGAGAUGCAGGCGGUGAUCGAAGCAAAACAGAAAAUCAUCGACGCCCAGGAGCGGCGGAUCGACUCCCUGGACGCGGCGAACUCCCGUCUGAUGGCGGCGCUGACGCAGGUGAAGGAGCGCUACAACACACCUAGCAUCCACAACGGCCUGUCGCCUAGCAACCCCACCAAGCUGUCAAUCACUGAGACCGGCGAGUUCAAGAACAGCAGCUGCUGAUUGGCCGAGAGGGCGGGCGGGCGGCAAGAGGCGGGGCUUAGACUCUUAAAACAAGAGUAGAGACGGAAUCUAUAAAUAUGUGUGUAAAUACUGAAGGGUGUGUGUGUGGGUGUGUGUGUGUGUGUGUGUGUGUGUGUGUGUGUGUG